ACUCUCCCCGAAUGCUCUGCCCUGCGCCUUAUCGUGCCGCCAUCUAUUGUACCCGUACACGUUAGAGCGGCAGGGGCUUGAGAGUGUCUUGCGGUGCCAGGACUGUACCGCACUCGAGCACGAGUACACAGAGUUCACCAACUAUUCUACCGCGGGUACGGUAUCAUCACACUGGACUUUUCUCCUACAACUAACUAGUUUAGUACUAUCCCUACCAAACCCGCUUACUCACUUUACUUACUGACCUCUAUCUACCCGUAGCGACCUACCUUGCCGUGCGACAAUGGAGAAAUUACUCCUCCCAAAGGGGAAAUAUUUCUCCACUCUGUACCUGGUACAAGUAUAUACGCCCCCGCACUCGAAUACACCACCAACCGAAAACAGGAAUAUAUCUGACGAUAUCGUCAUUUUCAGGUCUAACCUUUCCGCUGCUACUGUACUGUACGCACUAAUUUCAUGAGCCUUUCUUUCCGAUGCUUAUUCUCAGGUAUGUACUGUAGUAGUACAGAAGUAGUGCCCAUCCGGUAUCGUACUGUACACCGCUCAGGCCAAUGCCUGAAUUUGGUGUGUCGUGGGUUGUCAUGCUGUUCCUUCUAUUACGGUACCGUACCUGCCUUAUCAUACGUACCGUAUGAUUACGGGUGUGGUAUGGUAUGGUAUGGUACCUGGUUCAGUGCUGGAAACGGGAAUCGAUCGGACGGCAGACGGCGGAAGGUAUUGUGCUAUGAUAUCAUACUGGAAUUGAGGGGUUGUUUCUGGGGUUUUGAUCUCUUGUCCGUGCUUGGGUGAGAGGGUGUUAAGCC